AGAGGAUAUACGAUCCUUAGUACUUACAGCGACGACGUGCAUUAGCCAUCUUGAGACUUGCAUCAAGAUGGUGCCAUCAACUUUCUGAAGCAAGUAUACGCUGCCAACUCUUCUUUUCGAAUAUCCCUUGACCGCGGUGGCUCAGCUAUGUCCGCGUGUCAAACAAUUCACGUUGAUUGAACGGAUCAUCGAUCAAGUCCGACACGAGGCCCACAUGAAACAUCUACAGGAAGAAUGUACAACACUAUAUUAAGUCCAAAACUUGAUUUUGGAGUCGACGGCUCGUCUCCUUACCGGCAGUAUUUGGCUUGUAUACAUAACGCCUGUUUGAUGAUGGUGUGAAGGACUGCCAUGGCUGGUAUAUAACAGAUCACAUUCUCAGCGCCCUUAUUCUGUUGAAUUUUGCCUCGUCGCGAUGGAUAUUACUAACUCGGAAGUGCAGCAAGUGCUGUUCAAUAUGUACGCCAUUCUGGCGGGAAACAGUAUCCUGAUAUACGACCAUAUGGUGACCCUACCAGAAGAAAUCGAUCUGAUUUGGCGUCGUCCGAAAACCCUGUCGGCGAUGUUAUUCCUGCUCAAUCGUUAUGCCGCUCUACUCGCCAGUAUAUCCAGCUUAAUCGUGGAUUUCCAGCCUAUAAUGUCAGAUGAGAGCUGUUGGGAUUAUUCGCUCUACAGGGAACUGGCUCUUUUCCUCCAGGGAAUAAUCAUUUGCAUCACAAUGGCUAUGCGCACAUAUGCUCUUUAUUGCUGUAGCAAGCGCCUCCUUACUUGGAUGGUAAUCGUCAUGGUUUCUCUUGCGGGAGUGUGUUGUGCGAAUACAUUUGGACAAUAUUCAGACCAUUUGGUCAUUGUGCCAGGAAUUGGCUGCGAUGAAACAUUUUCAAAAACAGUAGCCAUCCGAAUUGGACUGGCAUAUGUGGCCGAGUUUAUCUUCGAUUUAUUCAUCUUCAUACUCACAGUGUACAGGUAUUGCAAAAUUAGAGGCUUGCUGCGGCUGUUUGCAUUCUCCAGGGAAAAUAUCAUCGAUACCAUGUUUCACGAUGGAGUGAUGUUUUUUGGAGCGAUGACACUGACCAAUAUACCGAACAUCCUGUCGUACUACUCCGGCUCGGUUGGCCUGAGAGGGAGUUUUUGCACAUUUACUGGCUGCAUUUCUGUCACUCUCAUCUGUCGGUUGAUGCUUGACCUGCAUCAGACUUUCGAUGCUGGCAUUUUCUCCAUCCCUACUCAGGACGAUAACCCAAACCUCGCCGUCCUUACCACCAGGAUCGACGUAGAGUCCACGUUUUCUUCCCACAAUUGAUAGGCGGUAUUGAAUUCUGCUCCCGGAUGCGAAGUGGCGGGGGUUCUUCCUUUAAGCGGAAGGCUGUUCUUUUAGUUGUUUUCUUAAGUGUGCUGGGCGGUGCUUAAUGUAUGUAGAAAUUUCAUUUAUUUAUUGCCAUCUUUGGUGCCCUAGAUAUAGC